AACUCUUUUUUCCCGCCGUGACGCGCUUUAGUCGAGCUCGGAGCGCAUAGCGAAGCGGUACGCAAGUACGCGGUUACUUGCGGCACACGGUGGUUUGUGGUUUUGGGGUCUGUCUUUGUCGAGCGUUUGUGCGUUCGUUUCCGUGAUAGCGUAGUUUUCCCCUCAGCGGUUUUGGUGUCUGCUGCCGGAAUUGGCUACUGCUUCGGUCGAUUGAUUAUUGGCGCCCCCUUCCCGAGAGAGCAGCCCAACGAGGCUGGAGAAGGAAGUUUGCAGUGCAACGGCAUGAAAUGCAGCGGCGUAAUUUGGGGUGAUGUGGAGCACACGUGUGAAAACGAUCGCGAAUAAUUGGAUGUUUGCAGUGGGGUGGAAAGAAAGGUGCAGCGUAAUGCGGAUGGUGCAGUGAGCGGGCGAUCAGGCUGUGACACAAUUUGACUACGACUACGAGGAGCGAUCGAUAAUAGUCCCCCCAGGAGGUGGCGAGGCAAGGCAGAAUUUCUGGAGAUAGUGUCAGUUUCACACGGUGACCUAGUUCAGCAAAAGACCUACGACAAAGUCUCCGCUUAGGGUGUGUGUGUGUGUUUAUGUGUGUGAGUGUUGCUGUGCCCGUGAUAUCGUGAUAUCCGUGCGUCCAGAAGAGUGUUUAACCUGAUCUUCUCAUCAGUGUAGUGAUACGGGGCGGAAAAACCUGCACUAGAUUGAUAGAUUACCUUCAACGCAUCUUUAAACAAGACAGUUCUUUCAACGCCGUCUCAAAAUGGAGACCCGGUGGACACGGUGCGUCCAGCUUGUUCUUCUUCUAGCACUUGUAACGAUCCCGGCCAUCAUAGCGUCCUCCACACCAGAACAGCACGAGCUAAAGCUCCCGGCAAACGAUCCCAAAGGCACCCAAACCGCGGUCGGGGUAGAAAGCGACACGCGUCCCGAUUCCGGUCACUUACGCACGGCAGCCGACGAACUAAUUGCUGCGCGUGAGUCGUCGCCGGCAGAGUCGUCGUCGCCCAACUACCACCACCACACGGCGAAGAAACGGCUCGCGGGCAAGGAAAGCAAAAAGUACCGGAAAAAGUACGUGUCCGAGGAUGAUUAUCGAAAAUCGAUGCCACACGAUGCCGGCCCGCAGACGGCGAGCGGUGGCGGCAAGCAAGCGAGUGGAACGGCCAAAUCCAGCGAACCGCACAGCAGAAAGAAGCGCCUGAUCUGGGUUACGGACGACGGUCGGUUAGCGCUGCCGCCCGGUACGUCACUAACGAUUGCGCCGACGAUCGCCCUUCCGUUUGUGCGCUACCCACCGACCGGCUUUCUGUCCAACAUCUCGAUCAGCUUGCCCAUAACGAUUGACUUCGAUAAGCUGGGACUGACGGAUAACCAGAAUCCGCUCGGUGUAUUACCGCCCAUAUUUGCAAGAUCGAUGGGCCAGGCAGCUGGCUCCGUGCUGGCCGACUACGUGUCGGACUAUAUGCGGCUGCAGCGACGAAAGCGGAGCAUUCCCAGCCCGGCGAACGAUCACUUCAAGAUCACCACCAACCGGUUGGAUGAUGAGGAUGGGGAAAUGGCCAUGCCACAGCUUCCGGCCGAGCACAAGCAUGCGUUCCAUGGUGGAGAACGAGCACUGCUGUACGUGGUGGUUGAAGAUUUCAUUGCCAACUUCGGGCUGGAUGGGAGAGCGUGCAUGCUUCGUGCCAUAUGUGAGGUCCACUCGAAGUCGAUCGAGAAGUUUGGGCUGAUCGGUGAGAUGUUGAAGCUGUUCUUUACAGCUUCCCAAUCGCCAUAUGCCGAACAUUUGGAGGAGUACGUAACGGCCGAAAAGAUUGGCCGUGGACAGGAUGGUCCGGGUGAAUGCUUCCCCUACUACAAGGACUGCCCGCGCAGUUUGUUCCGUUCGUCCAACAACUUCCAGCAGAUGUACCGACAGCCGGCCGGGGAUCGGCACGAAGCGGAAGACUCCGAUCGUGACGUGGAUGAUGAGGCACACUUUGGCAACGAGAUCCCGAGCGAGCGUGUCGAAUAUCCGGCCCGUGAACCGCGGGCGACCGGGUCGCGGAACAGCAACACCAAAGAAAGUACGAUCGUACAGCUGGAGCAGCGCGAUCUAGCGGAGAUGGCAAUGUAGGGAUGCAAACAAAAAAGCCCAUGUUAGUAAUCACUUAUCUCGGGGGAGUUUCUGUAGUAUAUCUGGUGCUACAAAACAAACGAAUCAUUCGGUUAUGGCAGCGCGUGACGCGAGCCGACCUACUGGAAGGGUAUUAAACAGUUAAGAUCGUUGACAGUUUCACAGUAAUGGAUGUAAAUCUUAGCAGUAGAUGGAUGGAAUCGAUCUUACAGCUUCAUGUGAGCGAACUGCGGCAUAGAGUUCCGUUUCGUUAGAUAGAAUAGUAAUUUAUUCGUAAUGUAUUAGACAGAUACGAUAAUUGGACACGAAGGGGGCAGGUUUGCUGGAUGUGCGAUCCUUUUUGUGUUUUGGUGAGCGUGCGGUCACAUAGUGGCCUAAACAGCAUGGAGAAACAGUCUUACGUUAGACGAACGUUGUUUUUAAUAUUUAUUGUGUAAUUAUUUGCAGCAACAGGUGCCCAUAAUUUUCAAUGUAGUCGCUAAUGACCAGGGAACGAUAAAAAGCAAUAAAGUGAAACCGCGAGUCGUGUAAAUAUUUAAAUAAAA